GUUCUAUGUGUUAUAUUCGGUAUGCCUGCUUAUGAGUCUACGUCUGUGUCUCUGUCUGUCGUGUGCUUCCUGUUUUAUUUUGUAGGUCUGUGUCCCAUGUCAGUGCGUUCAGCUUUGUGCUCUCCCUGUAUCAUCAGUGUAAUCAGCGUCAGCCGUGUCUCCCAGCUGUUUCCUCUUCGCUCCGUUCACCUCUUGUAUUUAGUGUCUGUGUCUUCCCCUACUCGGUGUCGCGUCGUUAACGUCUGUUCAUCCUCUUACCUCCUCCAUGCUGUGUGUUUGUCAUGUUCCGGUUCUCCAGCACCACUGUUUUUUUCAGCCAUGGGAGACUGGUCUUACCUGCUGACACUGCUACACAAGGUCCAAUCUCAUUCAACUAUAGUGGGCAAGAUCUGGAUGAGCGUCCUCUUCCUGUUCCGGAUCUUUGUCCUAGGUGCUGCUGCAGACAAUGUUUGGGCAGAUGAAGUGUCAGAGUUCUACUGUGACACUCAGGAACCAGGAUGUGAACAUGCUUGCUACAACUGGAAGUUUCCAAUAUCCUUUGUACAUUACUGGGUCCUGCAGAUCACCUUUGUGUCAACUCCUACCCUUGUCUUUCUGGGAUAUGCUGUACACAUAAUUCAUAAAGAGAAAAAAAUGAUGGAACAGCUGCAGGAUGGUGUUGAUGGAAUUAAAUUAAAGAAACGUAAAUAUACGGAUGAUCGUGGAAAGGUGAAGUUAAAAGGGACACUCUUUUGCACGUAUGUGACACAGCUCUUUUUAAAGAUCUUCCUGGAAGUUGGAUUUAGUGUGAGCCAGUUUUUUAUCUUUGGUUCUCCAUUCAUUCACUUAAAGUUCCACUGUAAAAUGUCUCCUUGCGCCGAAAUGGCUGGUGCCCAGUGUAUGGUCUCCCGUCCCACAGAGAAAACGAUCUUUAUCUUUUUUAUGCUUGCAGUUUCAGGCAUUUCAGUACUCCUGAAUAUAAUGGAGAUCAUUUACUUGUGCUGUACAAGGAGAAGAGAUAACAGGAAACAGUUUUUAUGUGAACAGUAUGAACUCAGUUCACAGUAUCAGCCAUUCAGUGGAGCUGGCCAAAACACAAAUCGCCCUCAUGGAGGAGUUCCAUUGUUCACUCCGCCAGCUCGUGCUAAGACGGGACUCAGCGCUAAUGAGAACCACAGUGAUUCCAUCGUUAAAGAGAAGGAUACCUGACAGAAAGGAUCUCUGAGUAAUUAUACAUAAUCAUUUGACAGAAUCUGCUCUUAUUGAACUUUUUGUAACUAACUUUAAACAUAAGAGCCUUGUAUGAUGAUUAGCAAUAUGAAUUAUUUCUGUUAUGCAUUGUUCAGAAAUCUGUUUUUUUAAUCCACUUUAAAAAUAUUUAACAAUCAUUAAUAAAAAACUGAUUAUCAUUCCACACUCUUCUUUGUACAUUGACACUGGGCAGGAUAGCCUAUAUUCUUGAAAGAAGGAAAAAGAAUGUGGCUUAAUUGCACAAGGCUGCUGAUGUUCACUCCUCAGAGUUCCAACUCGAAAUAAGUUCCCGGCUGACUCUACAUCCCUUUAUACCCUUCCCUCUUUUCAAACUU